CAAUGGCACAGAGGGAGGUUGUGGAAGUGUUCGCAGAUGCAGCACAUAUUUAAGGGAAGUACAAAAGCCCUUUGAGUUUAUGCUAAGGAUCAGAAAUCCGAGGGGGGCCGCAGUCUCGAGGACCCACUGGGAGGAACAAUAGAGCAAGACCAGACGAAUGCCCAAGCGGAUGAUGUACUGAGUGAAGGGAAGGACAGUUCGGAGAAAACUGAUGAAGACACAUUUCUGAGUCAUUUUCAGGCACUGGGUAUAAUUUUCGAAAUGAUACACUUGUGGAGAAGGUAGGACAUCAAGCUAAACAAAACUGCAACAUAACACUCUAGAAAAUCAACCAUGAUCAGUUGUAUACAAAGCCAACGAGUGAUGCUGUCUAGCAUAGUGACAUCAGUUUCUUAAGGUAUAGUAUUUCAAAUAUUUCUUUGGCAAGGAGCGUCUAAUGCACCUGUGAGGUAAAAAUGUCUCAAAAUCCUAUAGGAAAAGAGACUGUACCUCGGUCAAAACAGGAACAGAAUGUGAAAGUAAGGGCUAAGCUAGGGGAUGAAUGCCAAAGGAUAGCUUCCGACAUCCUUAAAGGGGAGCAACUGCUCCAACGUCUGCAACUGGUCCAACAACGCCAGGUGGCAGGGAUAGGAGAAACGGAAAAUAUAUUGGCUGAAGAGAAAGAUUUGCCAGUACAAGUCAAUGAUCUGACAAGUGAAGAUGUGGAAGAAGAUACUCCAUUAGAAGCCAUCAAGUCUGUCAGGACAGAGACAAGUCUGAUAGAGAGGAUAAAAAAUGACGGGAAUGGAGAUAAACCUAAACAGCUACAAUGCCACAAUAUUACAAUACCAGAUGGAGGUUAUUCCGAUGAUAACCCAAGCGUGAGUUGGGUACGUCCAGAUUACCACGAAACAAUUACUAAGCCAUCUUCUUUUCGAUCAACCUGUCACCGCCUCUCUGUUACUGAGACUGCUAUGGAAAGGAAAGUCCACCGGGACGCCCAGGGAAAACAGAAUCUUCAGAGAGCUGGUGGAGUUCUAAACUUGGCCGAUGAUCCAGAUGUACUGGAAAUCCCCUUCAAUACCAACAUCCUUCUUGAGCCAUUUCCCUCCAUGGUAUGUCCAGGCCAAGAAGAUGAUUGGCAGCUCUCGCAGCAAAAAACGCCCAAGGAGAUGAGUCCCAAAAUUCAGCGAGAACUUGGGAUGACUGGAUGGGGAAAAAUAUCGAAAGUGAAAGGGGAGACACAUCAAUUAAAGGAGACCAAACUGCUGUUUGAAGAUUUCCAACAGGAUAACACACUAGGUCCAGCCAGGAUAAGGAAACCACUUUCUUCAUCGAUGAAAGAUCCGGUUUAUCCCUCAGUGCUGGAGCGCACACGCAGCCUGGAGAUGUUUUCAGUGAAAAGCAGCCCCAUUUCCAGAGCUCACUCCUUCAGGAUUCAGAAUCCUGCAAUCUCCGAGAUAGAAAAACAUUCUGAAAACCUUUCAAAGAGUCCAACUGGAGGUUCUCGAGACAGGUCACGUUUAUCUCCAUACGCCAAACAAGACAAAAAUAUGCACGUUCACAGGAGUUCCGAAUCUAUAAGUACUGAUGCGUCCACACCAGCGGUGGUAAGUGUGAGCACAGUAAGAAAGGACAAGACAAGAAAGGAAUCUGCCGCCAUCAAACAAAAUCCUUUCUUCAAGUUGCGUCCAGCACUGGCUCUUCAGCCAGAUGUAGAGAAGGACAUCAAAGAGGCGGAAGCCAGAGAGGACGAGCUGCGCAGACAAAGAAGCACUUUGUACGGAGAGACGCGACAAAGCACUGGAGAGGGCAACAAGACGCUACUCGCAUCGGCCAACAUACCAGGUGGUAAGCAACCGUCUCGAGGUAAACUGGAACGCGUUUGGCCACCCCCAAGCAAGACAGAGCGGCUGAAAUCUGAACAAACUCAGGGGGCACGCGUGCACAGAGCAGGAAGUCAGAAGUCCGGUCUCUGGCAACGCUGGGAGUCCGGUGGCCUCAACGGGCAGACGGCUGGAAAAAAGAAUGGACCUUGACUUAUUUGACUUUAAGCAGAUAUCAAAAUAUGACUUCCUGUCAAAUACUAGAAUGAGAGGAUGAAAAAUUAAUGUGUUGGAAAAACUUUUAUAGACAGUGGGUUCCGCAUUUCUUGCUAUUUACCAUUUCCGACACUGCAAAUUAUCAUAUAUCAGAUCGAAAACAUAAUUUAACUUUUAUUUCUUCUCAAAUACACGUCUCGCUCACCCUUAGGUCCUGAUCUAUUACGAUCCAAAACCAGUGAAAUUGGCACGUUGUGUAAAUGGUAAAUAAAAACAGAAUACAAUGAUUUGCAAAUCCUUUUCAACCUAUAUUAAAUUGAAUAGACUGCAAAGACAAGAUAUUUAAUGUUCCAACUGAAAAACUUUGUUAUUUUUUGCAAAUAUUAGCUCAUUUGGAAUUUGACACCUGCAACAGGUUUCAAAAAAGCUGGCCCAAGUGGCAAAAAAGACAGAGAAAGUUGAGGAAUGCUCAUCAAAUACUUAUUUGGAACAUCCCACAGUUGAACAGGCUAAUUGGGAAGUUCUGGGUGCCAUGAUUUGGUAUAAAAGCAGCUUCCAUGAAAUGCUCAGUCAUUCACAAACAAGGAUGGGGCGAGGGUCCCUACAUUUUGAACCAAUUUUUGCGUGAGCAAAUUGUCCAACAGUUUAAGAACAACAUUUCUCGAACAGGCUGCUAUUGCAUGAAAUUCAGGGAUUUCACCAUUUACGGUCCGUAAUAUAAUCAAAAGGUUCAGAGAAUCUGGAGAAAUCACUGCACGUAAGAGAUGAUAUUACGGACCUUCGAUCCCUCAGGUGGUACUGCAUCAAAACCCGACAUCAGUGUGUAAAGGAUAUCACCACAUGGGCUCAGGAACACUUCAUAAAACCACUGUCAGUAACUAGUUGUUUUUUUUUAAUUGAUUUCAACUCUGUACACUGCUGCUGGAAAUGUAAUUUUCCUUAAGGAACUCUCCUGAAGGAAUCAAUGAAGUACUGUCUAUCUACAGUUUGUUGCUACAUCUGUAAAAGCUAUUUAAAACUGUACUAUGCAAAGCCGAAGCCAUUUAUCAACAACACCCAGAAACGCCACCGGGUUUGCUAUGCCCGAGCUCAUCUAACUGCUGCUCAGUUCAAACAUUAAAUAUCUUGUCUUUGCAGUCUAUUUAAUUGAAUAUAGGUUGAAAAGGAUUUGCAAAUAAUUGUAUUCUAUUUUUAUUUACAAAUAACACAAUAUGCCAACUUCACUGGUUUUGGAUGUUGUACUAAGAUCCGAAUACUACGUGUUAAACAGCGUGGCAAUAUAUACAUUUUCCUGUUGUGUGUGAUCUACUAAGACUGCGUGUGCAAUUGAAAAGUAAUGCAGAUCUCGCCUUAUAUAAACGAGGUUUGUGCGCGUACUGCUGUCUGUGGCCAUGGAAUAACUCAGUUUCCUCCACACUCAAACCAUUUUGGCCUCCAGCCUGUUUUGCAAUAUCGAACAAGCCUCGCACAUCUGCAAUCGGGAACACCUUUUCUCCAAUGUGGUUAUGGUUUUUGUUUAUUACAAAUACGCAAACAAUUACAAAAUGACGCAUCGCAUGUCUCCAGUUUGUCAUUGCAACAUGUUGGAAAAUAAAAUAUAGAAUAUAGAGUUUAAUUCAAGACAACAAAAAAUAUUUGUAGCUCGCUGACGUGUGCUGUGCAAGGAUGGACCAUGACAACAGCAGCGCACUCAUGUCUGGAAUGAUCCAAACACAAGAAAAUGCAUAUUGUAAGACAUGUUUUCAUAUAGUAGACAGAUUAUAGUAAUACAUUUCGUAAAUUAAAAAAUCGUUUUCAAACCAAAAAAAAAACAAAA